AUGCUCCGUCGCGUGCUUUCUCGUGCCCCAUUCCCUAGCACGGUUCCAGUCCUUGCACUCAAUGAACUUCCCGCGGCCAAGGCUAAGACCGUUAAGGCGGACGCCCUCUCACUCCGCUUCAUGACCAAGUCCCAGGUGCAAUCUGGCGAGCUCCCUGCUAAGGCCGCUCCGGGGUUUGAUGGGGCCGCAGGGGCGCUGUAUUUGAUGAGCCGUAGUAGGCCCGUGAAGGACUCCGCCGCGGUGGGGGAUGCCACCCCGCUCGGGCACACCCACGAGCUCCUCGCCGGACGCGGCGCGGGUGGGCAUAUUCGGGAUUAUCGUCUCGCCCUCACGAACGCCGUCCGGCGGGCGCGCCAGUUGGGCGCGCGUUACCUGACGAUCCACCCCCCAAGCACGGACGUGACGACCGUCGUGGAUGUCUUCCACCCCGCACGGCCCUUCACGAAGUCGGAGGUGGCCGAGAAAACGGCCUGCUACGCGGUCACCGCCGCGUACGAGUACCACCGCCUGAGGACCGGCGAGGCCAAGGCCACCGAGAUGGCCCCGGUGGGGCCGGAGACGGCCUCGACGCGCCGGCGGCCACCCGCGCGGCAGAAAGGCCCCGCGGUAAAGGAGCCCCCUCUGGAGGUCGUCAUCGCCUCCGAUGCCACGGGGGCCGUGCAAACGGGCGCCGUCAUCGGGGCCUGCAUCAACGACGCCCGCAACCUCGGGAAUCUUCGCCAGGACGAAGGGGUUCCCGAUUUUUACGUCGAGUGGGCGAGGAAGUUUGUGCUGCCGGAAGGGGUGAAGCUUCGGAAGGUCCUACGCGGUGCGCAGGUGCGGGAGGCCGGGAUGAACCUGCUCUACAGCGUCGGCAAGGGCUCGAUUCACGAGCCCUACGUCAUGGUGCUGGAGUAUGUCGGGAACAAAAGGGUCCCGCACUCCACCGCGUUGGUGGGCAAAGGCGUCACCUUUGACUGCGGGGGGCUGAAUUUGAAACCCUUCGGGUCGAUGGAGGGGAUGCAUGUGGAUAUGAUGGGCGCCGCGGUCGUCCUUGCCACCUUAAAAGCCGCCGCGAAGUUGCAGUUGCCCAUCAACCUCGUCGGGGCGGUGGGGCUGGUGGAGAACGCGAUCGGGCCCAGCAGCUACGCGCCUUCGUCGAUCCUCACGAGCCUCGCGGGGCCGACGGUGGAGGUUUUGAACACCGACGCGGAGGGCCGCCUCGUGCUGGCGGAUAUUCUCACCUUUGUUCAGCGCCACGCGGGGCUUGCGCGGACCCCACAUACCCUCAUCGAUCUCGCCACCCUCACCGGGGCGAUCGUCGUCAGCCUUGGUAAUCGCCGGGCGGGGCUGUUUAGCAACAGCUCGCGGCUGUCGGAGAAGCUGAUGUUGACGGGAGCGACCUGUGGGGAGGAGCUGUGGCCGAUGCCAAUCGGCGACGAGCACGUCGAUCUGAUCAAGGGCGGCAUCGCGGAUCUGGUGAAUGUAUCGCCCAGGAAAUCUGGCGGCGGCGCCUGCACCGCCGCGGCGUUUCUUUCGCACUUUGUGGAGCCCGGGAAGGAGUGGGCGCAUCUCGAUAUCGCCGGCGUGUCGGAUACGGGUGAUAAGCCUAAGGGGUUUGCUCCGGCGGGAGCGACGGGAUAUGGCGUCGAGCUUUUGAUCGACUUCCUCAGACGCAAAUAA